AUGUUUGGUGGAGCAAAACCCACAUUUGGCUCGACAGCCCCCACCACAGGUUUUGGCGGUUUCAAUAAUACGGCGACCUCAUCACCGUUCGGCCAAUCGGCUUUCGGCAAACCGGCUACAAGUGCAUUUGGAGCAGCACCCACCUUUGGAACGCAACAAACCCAGCCAUCGAUGUUUGGUUCCACAGCAACACAGCCGCAAACGACGGGUUUGUUUGGUGGGGCCAGUACCUCGACGGCAUUUGGGGCUACCACUACUACGCAGCCGGCUUUUGGGUCCUUUGCCCAACCCCAACAAAACACAACACUCUUCGGCUCGGCCCAGCCGCAAGCAAACUCAACAUCCUUGUUUGGCCAACCGGCUGCCACAUCGGCCUUUGGUGCCGCCGUGAAACCCGGUGGAUUGGGUGGCUUCGGACAAACAGCAACCCAACCCACCACCUCUUUGUUUGGCCAACCUGCUGCAUCUACAAGUGCCAGCGGCUUUAGUACCUUUGGUCAAGCUGCUCCCACCACAACUAGCGUUUUCGGCAGUUCCACAACAUCGGCCUUUGGUCAACCGGCCAAUGCUGCUGCAGCCGCCAAUCCCGGUACCUCCAUUGCUAAAUAUGUACCAACAAUCGGCACCGACACUUUGAUGAAGGGAGGUCAACCCAACAAUGUCAACACCAAGCAACAUUGCAUCACCGCCAUGAAGGAAUACGAAGGCAAAUCAUUGGAGGAGUUACGUAUGGAAGAUUAUUUGGCCAAUCGUAAGGGGCCGCAGAGUGGUACAACCACCGGUUUCGGGUUUGGAGCGGCUGCACAGCCUACCACGGGAACUGGUUUGUUUGGUUCAACAAACCAACCAUCGACUGGACUCUUUGGUCAACCAGCGGCGGGAACCACUGAAAACAAAGGUCUCUUUGGAAGCACUACAAGUGCUUUUGGGCAACAACCCACCACAGGAUUUGGUGCCACAGCCACACAACCUUUUGGCGCUAAGCCAUUUGGUGCCACAACAACUACGGGAUUUGGUGCCACCGCCACUGACAACUCAAAUCCAUUUGGAGCCAAGCCGGCAUUUGGCCAAACAACUCAACCAUCGAUGUUCGGGCAAACCCCUGCCACAAGUACAGCACCGGCUUUUGGCCAAACCACCACCGGAUUUGGUUCAGCAUUUGGCCAAAACACAGCUCAACAACAACCAUCUCUGUUCGGCCAGCAGCAGGCCAAUGAUCCCAAUAAACCCGCCUUUGGUUUGGGUGGUGUCUCAACAGCCAAUACCGGGUUUGGAGGUUUUGGUAACACGGCCACCAGCACUGCUAGUGGUGGUCUGUUUGGUGCCAAACCUGCAACUGGUUUUGGUGCCGCCCCCGCUUUUGGACAAACAUCUACCGCCUCCACCGGUUUUGGCAAUUUCUCUUUGCAGAACACAAACACCACGGGGGGUGGCCUAUUUGGCAAUACCACCCUAAAUAAACCCGCCACCUCAGGGUUUGGGGCUUUCGGCACACAAACCUCUACAGCAGCACCAUUGAAUUUUAAUUCCGGCACUGGAGGAACAUCGCUUUUUGGCAACACGGCUGCCAAGCCUGGAGGUAUGUUUGGUACCACACUGGGCGGCACACAAAAUACCACCGGUGGUGGACUCUUCGGCACUACAGGCACGUCAGCAUUUGGCACCAACAACUCUACCUUGGGUGGGGGUUUUGGUACCACAUUGGGUGGAUCUCUGAGUACAAUGGGUGGUUUGCCGGGAACACCUCAACAACAACAGCAGGUGCCAAUUCAUCAACAGAUUUUGUCUAAAGUCACCUCACCCUAUGGCGAUAAUCCGAUUUUCAAAGAUCUAAAGAGAAAUGAAGAAAACGACCCAACCAAGGCCACCAAUCCGGCAGCACAAAAGGCCAUCUUGGAAAGUGGUAAUGUAAGCAAUCAAUUUAAGGUUACCACCAAGUCGUCACCCAGUGUGGUGCGUGUCAAACCAAUUGGUUCAUCGCUGACCAAGAAGUCGUUGUUUGAAGGCUUAGAGGAGUUCGAUGCCAGUGUGGAAAGUUUCAGUUUGAAACCCAAUGCCAAGCGUUUGAUACUGAAACCGAAAAAUAAUCAGUCAUUGGGUGGUGGUGGUACCCAGACACCGCCUGUGAGCCAACAAAAUACACCACAACGUCAAGCUCCUGGUAGUGGUGCUGAUGUACGCAAUGAUUCAUUUUCCGGAGAGAUACCAACAGAGCCACCAUCAAGGGAUACAGCUGUGACAUCUAGUGGUGGCCUAGGUACGGGUGGUAGAGGUACCCCUCUAAGCAGUGGAACUCCCACAACUAGCAUUAAUACUGGAGGUGGUGGUGCUCUGGAUUCCAGUCGCCGUGAGUCAUGGUUGCAUCCCAACAACUUGGAAAAGGUGCGUCAGCAUAAUUUAAAUGCUGGCUUUGAGCCGGUCUCUUCCCAUAAUAGCACAUUAACGGAAUUGGUGCCACGUAAACCAUUGGAAACAUUUAGCGGACGGAUGUCUGUCUCUACCGUGCAAGAAAAUCCAUUUGAAGAUCAACCCUCGAGAUUGGAAGGUAUGUCGUCUGUGACUGCAGCAGGUGGUGCCGGAGGGGCAAAUGAAAGUAUUAUAUCCAGUCGUUCGUAUAGCGGCGAAGAUAAAUCAAUUUUGGUGGAAGACAAUCAGGCAGAAUAUGAAGAACAUCCCACUGGCAUAACCUUGAAAAGGGUUGGUUAUUACACCAUACCCUCCUUGGAUGAUUUGAAAUCCUAUUUGGCCGAGGAUGGCUCUUGUGUGGUACCCAAUUUCACGGUGGGCCGUGAAGGUUAUGGCAAUGUAUAUUUUGGCAAAGAAAUGGAUGUGGCCGGCCUAAAUCUUGAUGAAAUUGUACAUUUCCGUAACAAGGAGAUUAUCAUAUAUCCCGAUGAUGAUAAUAAACCACCAAUUGGUCAGGGAUUGAAUCGUGAGGCCCAAGUAACAUUGGAUCAAGUCUGGCCAUUGGAUAAAAGUAUUCACGAACCUAUUAAGGAUCCUCAACGUUUGGCAGAAAUGGAUUGGGAGGCCAAGUUGCGACGUGUAUGCGAUAAGAAUGAUACCCGUUUUAUAGAAUAUCGUCCUGAAACCGGCAGCUGGGUAUUUCGUGUGAAACAUUUCUCUAAAUAUGGUCUGAAUGAUAGUGAUGAGGAGGAUGAAUUGCCAACUGAUCCGAAAAAGGCAAAAAUGGGAGCAACUGCAUUGGAUGCAGCUAAACAACAAGCUGCAGCUGGUGGCGUGGCGGGUGCUGUGGGUCAAGAUAAAAUGACUUUGGCUGCUUUGAAAAAUGCCCAGAAGAUCUCUGAAGAUGCUGCCCGCUCUUUGGAUCCCAAAUCUUUGACAAAUGUCGGUUUUUAUCCCAUGGAUGAAUCUGCGGAAUUUAUGCUAAUGGAUAAAACACAAUAUUUUCAAAACAACGGCAACGACUUCUCCAUGUUUGAUUAUCCCCAACAAAACUAUAAACAGGGCUUAACUAGUCCCACAACAACAUUGGCCAGGGAUAUGGGUACCGAUUCCCACAAGUUACAAUUGAUGAAGGCCUCAUUUUUUAUUGAAGAUGAUAAUAAAUCAGAAACCUCGGAAUUUGGUUUGCAACGGGAUUACAAUCGUAAUAUGUCCACCGCGGGUGGUGGCCUAUUUGGUCGCCACAUUCAAGAUAUGUAUGACUCAUCCCAAUCAUUGUGGAAAGAUGGCCCUGGAUUGGGUGGCCACCUGUCUGAGACCUCAAGUCAGGCUGAUUUUGGUAAUGUUUUGGCAUCACCACCAGCUCCAGCAUCAUCGGCUGGCUCCUUAAUAAGUGUUGCAAAAUCAAAAGAUGCGCAUAAAACAAUUGCAACCGAUUCGGAAACCGCUGUGGAACAAGUUGUAACCAAAAUGCCACCAUUUUUGGUUAGACCCAAGGUGGCAAUGAUUAAAAGUUUGGCAGCCCAUGUCCCGUUGAGUAAAUCUAUUUCAUAUCCUCUUCGCUUUAAAUGGCCUGCAGAUUUGGGUCUCUAUAAUGGAAGAAAAUUCAAAAUGGGCUUUGGUCCACAAAACACUUUAAUUGUGCCGACAACAAGGAAUAAUUUGAAUCGGGAAAUUAAGUCCAAAAAUCUCCUCGAAGUUUCAUCCCUCCUCUUCAAGACACGUGGCGUGAAUGAUUUUUCCAAUACGGUAUUACAGCAAAUCAAAUUGUCCGCCACUCAAUCAUAUGAGAAUUUCAAGGAGAGUAUCGUAGAUCACUUGCAAAUCCAACUACGCAAUUCCCAACAACAGGAUGUGGAAGGCAGUGAAUGUCCGUAUAUUAAAUCUGAUGGCGGCACCGACCUCAUUGUCAAACAUUUAGAUGAAGCCAUUAAACUUAUAAAUCUUGGCCCCUUAGAGGAAUAUAAUGUCUCCGUAUGGUCAUUAUGUUUAGCCCUCUGGGGCGAUCAUGAGGCAUUGGAGGGUCGUGAUCCUACAUCACAUUUUGUUGUUAUGUAUCGUCGUAAUUUACUCUCUGAGUGGUUGGAAAAUACCCUUACCGAUAAAGAUCUAUUGACACGUACCGUCUCCAAACAUACCUAUUUGGAACAUUUAAUGGAUUUAAUAAUGUGUCACAAGGUCACUGAGGCGUGUGAAUUGGCCUUCUCCUAUGAUGAUGCCAAUAUGUCAUUGCUAUUGGCCCAAUUGUCAUCUGGUCCCACUGUACGCCAGCUAAUGGAAGAUCAAUUGGCCGCUUGGAAUUCUGAUAAGGCAGAUCAAUUUAUACAAAUUGAACGUUUGAAAAUGUAUAUGCUUGUGGCUGGGGUAUCGCUUAUGUCGUCAUCGCAUGGUGUUAUUAAUACUCUGGAUGGUAUUGAAUGGAUUAAAGUUUUGGCGCUUCAAUUGUGGUAUCUAUCCUCACCAACAUCUUCAAUAACCGAUGCCCUGUUGGCCUAUGAGAAAUCAUUUAAAUCGGAAGAAUUUUUCUGUCUACCACCAACACCUGUCUACAUGGACGACAGUGGUGAACGUCAAAAUAUCUAUGACUUACGUUAUCAUUUGUUGCAAUUGUUUUCCAAACGUAGUCAUCCAAUGGAGAGCUUGUUAAAUCCUGCAACACAUACCGUAGACCCCAUGGAUUAUCGUUUGAGUUGGUUAUUAUUGCAAACCCUGGAAGCUUUGGGCUAUCGCCAUUGUUCCGAAUUAAGUGAAUCACAAUUACAUGUCGGUUUUGCCUCACAAUUAGAAAACAAUGACCUAUGGGAAUGGGCCAUAUUUGUGCUACUGCACAUUAAAGAUCGAAAUCAACGUGAAUUGGCAGUGCAGAAUGUCCUUUAUCGUUAUGUAUCUGUGGCUAAAGAUGUGACCCUUACCGAUAAAGAGAAAUUCGUUAUUAACAAUUUGGGUGUACCAGAAAAAUGGAUCGACUAUGCCAAGGCAGUGAAAGCUGGUUCAGUGCAAAAUUAUCACUUACAAGCUAAAUAUUUGUUAAAGGCCAAACAAUGGUCUUUGGCCCAUGAAAUUAUAUUCCAACACAUAGCUCCCGAUGCCAUAAUUAAUGAUAACUUGGAUUAUUUGCACAACUUGCUAAGUCAAUUUGAAAGCCCCGAUCUAAAUAAGGCCGUUAAGGUGCCCAAUUGGUCUAAUCAAGGACAAAUAUUUCUUGAUUUUAUUGAUAUAAAUGAAAAGUUCAAGGGUUUGAAAUCAUUGAAAACCGAAGCCGAUAUUGAAGCCCGUUGGGAAAAUCUAAAACCACAAUUGGCCGAUUUAUGUUCACGUAUCAAUCUUCUGCCCUGUCCAACGCCCAAACAUCGUUUGUGUCAAAGUGAAAUUGCCCAAAAUUUAGCAUGUUUAGUACGUGGUGUUCUACUUGUUUGUCCCAUCCUAAAUCCCUGUCUUAUUAUAAAAAUUGCCCUGGAACGUUUACCUUUGCCCCAAGAAUUUGCCCAGCAGGAGUUGAGAGCUUUACUCGAUACAUUGGUUGGUGAUCUAUCCAAAGUUCAAGUGGUGCCAAGUGAAGUGUGA